AUUUACGUUUGAAGUUUUUGGGCUUUUAAAUGUAAUAAGGCGUUUAAUUAUUUUUGAUGGUUUUAAUAUGUGUUACUAAGAUAGGAUCCGGCCAUAACUUCUGGGUCGGGUUUGGGGUGCUACAUGAUGAGUCAACUUCUAGUGAAAUCAGAAACAAUCCAAGGUUUUAUCCUUAUUUUAAAGAUUGUAUUGGAGCAUUAGAUGGAACUCAUGUUCGUGCAUCCGUUCCACUUAGCAUUCAAGGAAGAUUUCAUAGUUGUAAAUGGGGGACGACACAAAAUGUAUUGGCUACCAUUACAUUUGAUUUGAAAUUUUCCUAUGUUCUAGCUGGUUGGGAAGGUAGUGCACAUGAUUCUCGUAUUUUAAGUGAUGCACUUUCACGCCCAAGAGGAUUAAGAAUUUCGGAAGGUAAAUAUUAUCUUGCUGAUGUUGGAUAUGGCAUCCGAAAUGGAUAUAUUACCCUAUAUCAUGGUGUCCGAUAUCAUUUAAAAGAGUUUAGUGCUCAUGGGCCUGAAAAUGCAAAGGAACUCUUUAAUCUUUGCCAUUCAUCAUUGCAGAUCACUAUUGAACGUGUUUUGGGGAUUUUGAAGAAACGGUUUUGUGUAUUAGAUGCUGAACCAUUUUGGAAUUUUCAAACUCAAGUAGAUAUAGUUUUGGCUUGUUGUAUCAUUAAUAAUCAUAUAAUGGGAGUUGAUCCUAGUGAUUUACUUAAUCAAGGAUUAUACGAGGAACCUGAGUCUGAUUUGAUAAUACCAAAUCUUAUGGAGCAAGAAGAAAGAGAAGAAGUAAGAGAAUGGUUUGCUAAGAGAGACGAAAUUGCACAAACUAUGUGGACUGAUUAUAUGGCUAGAAAUAUUAGGUAGUGUCGUAACCAUUUUUUUGAAGAACGAAAACGGAAAUCGACUUGGAUUUGAAAACUAAAAAAAUGGGAGUUGCCACCAAUCUUUUUUGAUGAGGUGUGAUCGGGCCACCUCGUAAAAGUGGUUGUUUUUAGUAAAUGGUUUGAUUUAUAAAAAAACAACUCUGGUCCACACAAAUUAAGAAAAUAGGUUCGGGAGUCGGUUACGCACGAGAAAGGAUUAGCACCCUCGAUACGCCCAAAAUUGGUACCUAGCUGAUUAAUUAAUGUCUUAAGAUCGAAGAUUGAAAACUUUGAAGACUUUUGAAAUACGAUCCUUCUUUAUGAAAA